AUGGGAUACAAAGGAUUCCCGUCGAAAGGCUUCCUGAUUGUUUCUGUAAUUCUUCUAACACUGAACUCCGUUUACGGGGAUAUCAGUUAUACUAUUCCAGAGGAAAUGAAGCAAGGAUCUGUAAUAGGAAAUAUCGCCAAAGAUCUUGGACUGGAUGUGAGUCGACUGUCUGCUCGCAAGGCCCGUAUCAGCACUGAGAGGAACAGAAAACGAUACUGUGAUGUGAACCUGACCAAGGGAGAUUUGGUUGUUGCGGAGAGGAUCGACAGAGAGGCGCUUUGUGGCAAGAAGGCUUCCUGCAUUUUAAAAUUGGAGCUUGUACUGGAAAACCCUUUAGAACUGCAUCCAAUUAGUCUUAGUAUUCAGGAUAUCAACGAUAACUCACCGCUCUUUAAAAAUGAAAUGAUUAAAAUAGAAAUUCGAGAAUCCACUGACAAAGGAGCUCGGUUUUCAUUGGAUGAAGCUCAUGAUGCGGAUAUUGGAGAUAAUAGUGUCAAGGGCUAUACUCUACAAAGAAAUGAUCAUUUUGUUUUGAAUGUUGAAGAAACAGGUGUACGAAGAUAUUGUGAAUUGGUGUUGGAGAACGAAUUAGACCGUGAAAAUGAACAGGAGAUUAAUUUGCUUCUCACAGCCGUGGACGGUGGUUCUCCUCAGAGAUCAGGUACUGUAGUCAUCCAAGUCACUGUACUGGAUGCUAAUGAUAAUGCUCCAGUGUUUAGCCAGGCCAUUUAUAAAGCGAGUCUACCUGAAAACUCUCCUGUAGAUACAGUUGUAGUUACAGUGAGUGCCACUGAUGCUGAUGAAGGAGUUAAUGGUGAGGUGAGGUAUGACCUUGAUCACGUCUCCGAUGAAAACAGCAAUACGUUUUGCCUUGAUCCAAAAACGGGUGAAGUCAAAGUUAAUGGGGCUUUAGAUCAUGAGGAAGAGUCGUCAUAUGAACUCCGAAUAAGCGCAAAAGACGGCCUUGGAUUGGCAUCGUAUUCCACGUUGAGGAUUGAUAUAUUAGAUGUGAAUGACAACGAGCCUGUUAUAUAUUUACAAUCUCUGACGAACUCCAUACCAGAGAAUGUGUCACCGGGUACAGAGGUGGGCAUAAUUAAUGUGCAGGAUAGAGACUCUGAGAAUAAUCGACAGGUUCGCUGCUUCAUUCAACAAAAUGUCCCUUUUAAACUGGUCCCCUCCAUCAAAAACUACUAUUCUCUAGUGACCACAGGCCCCCUGGACCGUGAGUUGGUGAAUGAUUAUAAUAUUACAAUCACUGCUACCGAUGAGGGCUCUCCACCUCUAUCCUCUUCUAAAAUUGUUCAGUUAUCUGUGGCUGAUGUCAAUGACAAUCCACCUGUGUUUGAGGAACAGUCCUACAGCGCCUAUGUGACUGAAAAUAACAAACCUGGCUCCACUUUAUGUUCUGUUACUGCUCGAGAUCCAGACUGGAGACAAAACGGCUCUGUGAUCUAUUCUCUUUUACCUGAUGAGGUGAACGGGGCCCCGGUGUCCUCCUAUCUCUCAGUUAAUGGAGACACUGGGGUGAUCCACGCUGUGAGGCCGUUUGAUUAUGAACAGUUCAGGAGCUUUAAAGUCCAGGUGAUGGCCAGAGACAACGGUUCUCCUCCGCUCAGCAGCAACGUGACCGUCAGUGUCUUCAUAAUGGAUGUGAAUGACAACUCUCCUCAGAUAUUGUACCCCGCCCCGGAGGGCAGCUCGUUCAUGACCGAGCUGGUGCCCAAAGCUGCACACGGAGGCUCUCUGGUGUCCAAGGUGAUAGCUGUGGACGCGGACUCCGGCCAGAACGCCUGGCUGUCCUAUCAUAUCGUCAAAUCCACUGAUCCGGGACUUUUCUCUAUUGGUGUCCACAGCGGAGAGAUCAGGACACAGCGGGACAUUUCUGAAUCUGAAAGCAUGAAACAGAAUCUCAUUGUGGCGGUGAGAGAUAACGGGCAGCCCUCUCUCUCUGCCACCUGUUCCAUGUAUUUACUUAUUUCUGACAACUUGGCUGAAGUUCCAGAACUGAAGGAUAUGUCUUAUGAUGACAGCAAUUCAAAGCUGACCUCAUAUCUGAUCAUCGCGCUGGUGUCCGUUUCUACAUUCUUCCUGACCUUCAUUAUUAUCAUCCUAGGUUUGAGAUUUUGUCGCAGGAGAAAGCCCAGACUAUUGUUUGACGGAGCCGUCACCAUCCCCAGCGCUUACCUCCCUCCGAAUUACGCAGAGGUUGACGACACAGGAACUUUACGCAGCACUUACAAUUAUGACACCUACUUGACAACAGGCUCCAGAACCAGUGACUUCAAAUUUGUGACAUCUUACAAUGACAACACGCUGCCUGCUGAUCAAACUUUGAAGAAGAGUCCAACAGACUUUGCAGAUGCAUUUGGAGAAUCGGAGGGAUCUCCAGAGGUAGGAUUGUAA